UGCAGGUAGAGGGCGCUGUUGUGCGCGCACAUGCACUGAUAACUUUAUAAUAACGUAAUAAAUAGCAGCUCACCCCAAUAUUCCGGGAUCCCCAACACUUCUGUGUUUACAUUCAGCUCCAGCUCCCCACGUGUUGCGAUCACUUACAGCUUUCCGUGCCCGCCCACUGCCCGCUCGCAGGCCACGCCCUGGGCGCCAGUCCCUCCCUCCGAUCCCCCGGUCCCGGCUGGCAGUGUUUAUAACGGGGGAGGCCGGGGAUCAGGUGUGAUUGCGAUAACCAGGAACGAAAAGCCCCCUCCCCCGGAAAGAGUUAACACGCCGGGACCCUCCGACACCUUUUCCUUUCCUGAACACCUUUGGACGUCCGACCCCCAGAUUGUGGCGCGCACCGGAGGAGCCUGCAUUAUCUGCCCUGUCCCUAUUCAUGGGGUUCUCUCCACCGGGAGUCAUGCACCUCCUCCUCCAUUAUUCUGUAUGAGCCCUGUGCCCCCCACUUUCCUGCCCUGCACCCUAUAGACACCCACUUUAUUCAAUCCCACCAUGUAUGGUCUCUGAUACCAUCCCAGUCCAUCUCUCCUCUCACUUUACUACAACCCCCACUUCUUCCGCGCCAUAGAAGUGACUCUCUGCCCCCAUCUCUGCCCCCAGCACCCCACAUCUCAGCCGCAAAUCCUUGUAAUUUCACCCCUGGGACCCUGAGAUGCCCAUUAUGAGCAAUUGCACAAAAGAAACCAAUACAAAGGGAGAGAGGACAGCACAGCACUCCAGGAAGAGAAAGGCAGAUGUGGCCAUUUUCCUGCAGGACCCAGAUGAAAACUUAGAGCUGGAGCUGCUAGAAAUGACCAAGAAGAAACAAUAUGAGCACAGGGGUAAAUGGAGUAAUGGGAACUCAUGGAAAAGCCCCUACAAGUUUAUCCCUACACCUGAGAAAGAGACUCCAGAUGUUGCACCUUAUUCUAUACACACCUGCCUGAAAUUCCGAUCGUCCACGGUUUCACCUCUUCCUCAGCUCAGCUGGGCUAACCAGGAUGAUGUAUGGAGGAACAUGCUUAACAAAGACACAAUCUAUGUGAGGGACAAAAAUUUCUUCCACAAGCAUCCAGAGCUGCAGCAGAGCAUGAGGUCCAUCCUACUGGACUGGCUUAUGGAGGUCAGUGAAGUGUAUAAGCUGCACAGAGAGACAUUCUAUCUAGCUCAAGACUUUUUUGACCGUUUUAUGGCAACACAAGAGAAUGUGGUGAAGACCAGGCUACAGCUCAUCGGCAUCACCUCCUUGUUCAUUGCUGCCAAACUGGAGGAAAUCUACCCUCCCAAGCUGCAUCAGUUUGCCUACAUUACAGAUGGUGCUUGCACAGAAGAUGAGAUUCUGAAUAUGGAACUGAUAAUCAUGAAGGCACUUAAGUGGUGUUUAACACCGAUGACCGUAGUUUCCUGGCUGAACGUCUACUUACAAGUUGCAUAUAGUAGAGAAUUGCAGCAGUUUCUGCUACCCCAGUACCCUCAGCAGACAUACAUUCAGAUAGUGGAGCUCCUAGACUUAUGUAUUUUGGACAUUGGCUGUCUGGAGUAUCCGUACGGUAUGCUGGCCGCCUCUGCUCUCUAUCACUUCUCUAAUGCGGAACUUGUUGAGAAGGUGUCGGGCUAUGAAUGGACAGAACUUGAAGCUUGCAUAAAACUUGUGGUACCAUUUGCAAUGGCAAUAAGAGAUGCAGGAAGGCAAUCAGAAUUAAAGUAUUUCAAAGGGGUGGACAUUGAAGAUAUGCACAACAUCCAGACACACACGGGCUGCUUAGAUCUGCUGGAAAAAGCUCAAACUAAAAAAGAAAUGUUGGAGGAAAAGAACAGAAUAACUCCAGUGCCAAGUGGGGUCCUGACUCCUCCACAGAGUGACAAGAAACAGAGGACUGACUCUGAAUGACCCUGCUGUGUGGGACUUUACAUGGCAGGGUUUGCCAAUGAAUUGUGGACAUGUUACUUGAUGGUAUUUUAUUAUAUGCUUUUAAAAACUUCCUAGGGGGCACUGUCCCCAGCGUUUCUCUAAGUCUGUCACCAUUGAUCGCUUUUUAAUUAUUAUGACUUUUCUUUUAAACAAACGGCUGUAAAAAGCCCAAGUGUUUAUUUUGCUGCUAUGAAAAAUGCUGCUGGACGCCAAGAAAAAGUCAUGGGGGAUGGGUGACUACUCGGGAGUCCUGCUUGGUGUCAGGUUUACUUUUCAGUGUGCAAUCUGUCUCCUUUUACAGUCUGUACCUUUUUUGUAUGAACCUGUUAGAGAUGCUGCUAUGUCUUUUUAAAUAAAGAUGCUGUCUGGAAAAUGGCAGGGUUUUACAAAAAAAAAAUCUUUACUUUUUAAAUAUUUACACUUGAUGCAAGCGCAACAUUUUGUAACUCACUGCAGACAUUGAUUCCAGUGAUAUACGUACUGUAUCCUGAGCUUGUUUGAUGCUGCAGAUUUUAGUAAACUAAAUGACUGAACACAGCUUCAAAUCCUGCACAUCAAGUAUGCGCAGGAUACUGUACAUGUGAAUAUACUCUUAAGCUGUGAUUUGGGGGGGGGGGGGGAGGAGAAGGUCAGCACAUUGUCUGCACAUCCUGUGAUGAACAGUGUUCUCCACCUUUCUGUUGUCUUAAUAGAGCCCUCUAUCUUCUGCUGAGGUAAUUAACCAAGAAACAAUGUGAAAUAAACAUUCUUCAUACAAGUUGAUUGGUUUUGUAGGUGGAAAAACCCCAUUAACCUUUAGGCUGUGAUGUGACAAAGUGCAGAUUCAUGUCGA